GUAUAGUAGUAAACAACGUGAAAUCAAUUGCAUUGCAGAGUAAGGAUCAGAUGCAUGAUAAUAUUAAAAUCUAUCUAAAUUCUUUAAAAUAUGGCGUCGAAUCAAGACUGCAAAUAUGGGACAAAAUGCUACAGGAAGAGUGAGGAACAUCGCAAGAAAUUUAAUCAUCCAGCAAGGAAAACAAAUAACAUGAAUGAAGAUGAUGAAUCGGAUCAGGAUUUGACAAGUCAACCCUCCAAACGUCAAAAGUUGACAGGUUCUGAAAAGCAGGACCAGGAUCAACAUUCUAGCGAAACUGAAGUACAAGAUCUCGUAACUGAAGAACUUCAAGAAGAUUUACAAGAAACAUGUCCUCUCGAGAACGAAGAUGCUGAUGAAAUCCCUAGCACUCCUCCAAACAUUGACAUCAAAGAGGAACUGAGGUUAAAGUUCAAAGUUGAGAUGCCCCCAGAUUUCUUUGAUUUCUGGGAUUACUGUAAGAGCAUCAAUAAUGCUAAACCUUCUGAGGCAUUGAAGGAAGACGUCGGCUUGAUUCUUGGUGGUCCGUAUGAUGUCAUGGCUGGCAGGCUGAAAUGUGUCAAAGGUCAAAGACCCAAUUAUUUAUUACACCAUAGAUUCUUCUAUGAUCCGCCCGAGUUUCAGACAGUCUUGGUCGGGGACGAUAAGAAACAACACCACCUUGGAUACUAUAGAGAUGAACCUCAGAAAGCUCCAGUUUUUAUGGCAUCAAACUCAGCAAAGGAAAACUGUACCAUCACACCUCAGGGAGAAAAUAUUUUUGCUGCUGUAAAGUUACACAUAGAUAAACUCACCAAACAGACCAAAGAGAAGAAGAAGUUAGAAGACCUGAAGAAGGUAGACAAAUCCUUGACGGACUGGGCCAAGAAAUGCAAGCACUCUCUCGAAGCUCGGACGAAGAGGAUGAAAGAUCGCGACAAGAAAGUGGUCACCAAGACAUUCCACAAGGCAGGCAUCGUUGUACCCCUCGACAGUACAGGGGUUGGUUACAGAGAACUUCCAGAAACGGAUGGUGACCUGAAGAAGAUCCUCAAGAAGAUUGUUGAAAGCGAGACCGAGGCAGAGAAAGCACGAUACUCGGACGCCCUCCAGGAGAUCAUCACCCUGGUCCAGUUUGCCAAUGACGAAUGCGACUACGGCCAGGGGUACGAGCUCGGGCUGGACCUCUUCUGCUUCGGACACGAACGCUUCCAUUCCAUGAUCGGGAUGCUGCUGUCUGUCGCCUACCAACUCCUCGGGAGGGAGGUCUUUGGUGAAAUCUUAGAUGCUCACUUGAAAGAUCGAAAGAAAGAUCAGGUCAGUUUGAUCUUAUAGCCCUAGGUUUUCUUUCAACGACCAUGUUGAAUGGUGUCAGAGGUGACUGAUUGCUCUGGAGAUGUGAGACCUUGUCUUUUAUUUUCCUUCAUUUGGUUUAGAUAGAAGUAAAGGCUUGUUGUUGUGCUAGUGCCAAUGCGCAUGGUGGAUGCGAGGAAUGGUGAUUAGUCGUUGUUUCCAGGCCUUGUAUUGUUUUAAAGUGUUGGAUCGACAUGUGAGGUAUCAAGAAAAUAUAACAAAAUAGGUUUGAUUGCUUGUAUGCAUCUUACCUUGCAUAGGAUAUGGAGUCAAAGUCAUAUAUUGUUGAAUUCUAAGCCAGCGAUAUUGUAAUUACACAUUCAAAAAUAAAAAAAAUGUCUGCACGAAUAUUGUGUUUUUAGGCUGCGUUUAUGCGACCUCAUAAGCGAGAAUCGGGAAAAUGAAUCACGAUUCAAAAUACAAACAUAAAUCAUGGUAGCUGCAAAUUAGAGUUUGACAUGCAGACUUGAAAUGUGAAGCACAGCAGUGAGUAUAUAUUCCAACUGUGAAAUGGAACUUGUCCAUUGAUAAGUUGACAGUUUAGGAGUGUUAUGAACUAUGCCUUUAAAAGAACAGGGUAUAUCCCAGCCAACAGUGUCUAUGCUGAUCUUAUAGAUGAGCACAUUAUAUUUUGAUCAUGCAAGGGCAAAGUAAUUGCCGUCUGACUCUCAAAUGAUAUGAAUUACAGUAAUUUUCUUCCGAGACAAAUUCCUAUCUUUUCAAUGUUAUUAUCCUUUCAACCAGUAGUGGCAAUUAAAGUGGGAUAUAUUGAUCCUUAACUUUGUAUAUGUUUGGUACAAUAUUCUUCAUUAAUCCUCUCUUUUAGGGUUCUGUAAAUCCUCCCCAGAAACAUAUGCCACUGUCCCAGUUCGUUAUUGCAUUGUAUGAAUGUGUUUGUUUGAAAAAAUUUGACGUAAAUAAUAAUAGCAUUCAACCAUAUUGUGCGUCCGACCCCCAUUUUUCUCAAGUUUUACUUCACUUCAUAAACUUACCAAAUCAUGGCCAUUUGAAAGCAUUACAGACUGUCAUGAGAACCAAAAAUCAGAGACAGAAAAUUUCAUGAAGGUCCCACAUACAUGGGGUAGACGUACAUAUUUUAUGGAAUUGCCCAUGUAUACUGAAAAAAUGGUAUGCAAUGAUUGGCGAUGUUUUCUUUGAGAGCCAUCAGAGACUUUUAUGAAUUUGAGCAAGAAAAAAAAGAAGAAAUUUGACAAUUUAUCCCACAUCUAUAGAUGGAUCCAUUGUUUUUAUGAGGUUUAAAUUUUGAUUUCAUAUUAUGAGUAAGCCACAAAAAAAGAAUACCAAACAGUUCACUCUUAGAUAGAAUUUGUUUUGGAACACCAGAAUGGAAUUUAUUCAGACAAGUUUUUAAAAGAAAGUGUCCCGGGAAGACAAAUCAAAGGUUUUAAAACCAAUACAAUUUUGGAAAGAAACUAGAUUGCAUUCACAUGUGAUGUAUUCCAGCUUUCCAAAAUAGCUUAUACAGGCUUUAGGUACAUAAUAGAUGAGAUUAUUAUGAAUAAAACUGUCUCACUAAAAAAAAA